UCUGGGUAUUUCACACAAGGCUUAGUCUAUCUAUAUUUAAAGACUCCAAGAAGAAGGAAUCAAAUCGUUCACAUCCUGCUUCUCAUUUAGGAUAUAAGGAGAGGCUCCAAGGAUAAUCCCUUUAAGAAGAAGCAUCAGCGAUGGAUGGAGAGCAGGGAGCCUCCUGAUUGACUCCAGCCUCCUCCCUUCCCUGCUACUCACUGUCUAUGUGCACAGGCUGCUAGCAGACACACAAUGGCCAAACAAUAUGAUGUUCUAUUCAGAUUACUUCUCAUUGGGGACUCUGGGGUUGGAAAAACAUGUUUGCUCUGCAGAUUCACAGACAAUGAGUUUCAUCCUUCCCAUAUCUCGACAAUAGGAGUCGAUUUUAAAAUGAAGACCAUAGAUGUUGAUGGCAUCAAAGUACGGAUACAGAUCUGGGACACGGCUGGUCAAGAGAGAUACCAGACAAUAACGAAACAGUACUAUAGAAGAGCACAGGGUAUAUUCCUAGUAUAUGACAUAACAAGCGAGCGUUCCUACCAGCAUAUAAUGAAGUGGGCAAGCGAUGUGGAUGAGUAUGCACCCGAUGGCGUCCAGAAGAUAUUGAUUGGAAACAAAGCUGAUGAAGAACAAAAAAGGCAGGUUGGGAAGCAUCAAGGGAUGAAGCUUGCAGAAGAAUAUGGCAUGGACUUCUACGAAACAAGUGCCUGCACCAACUAUAAUAUAAAGGAGUCCUUCACUCGACUGACAGAGUUGGUCCUGAUGGCUCAUAAGAAAGAAUUAGAUGUCUUACGUAUUGCGUCCAACGAUGGACUGAAUCUAGCUGAGCUUGAAGAAGAUGGCUGCAAAACUGAUGGAACAGCAAAUUCAAAGUCCUGUUGGUGCUAAAGUUUCCCUACUAGAAACAGAGCUAUACAGUAUGGGUGGAAGAUUCAACGGGAAAAGGAACAUUUGACAUGUUCUAUUCUCAAAGCGCUGUGGGUGUUGGCAGACGUCAAAGCUAUUAAUGUGGAAGGCCCCAGUUUUUGCUAGAUUUUUUAUUUUUUGGGAAAAGGUAACGAGAAAAGAAAAAUCUCACGUUAUCUGGUUUGGGAACUAGAUGCAUAGUUGACAACAUCUUCUUGAAAUUUACAGGGAUACUAAAUAAAAAGUUGAUGCAGUUGGCAACUAUGUAUGUAAUAACUCUAGGCUAUUAUUCUAGAAUUCUCCAAAAGCUUUUGACCCAAAACAUAAAAAUUCUCAUAUUUUGAAACAGUAAUCAAUUUUGCUUGUCUUAGGCAAAACGUGAUCUGCAAAUUUAACGAAUAAGAAAGUGUAAAAUGAAUGUCUGUGGCUGUAAAGCUAAUUCAAAGGCGACGAUCAGGGAUGAGUGAACG